AUGUCUGAAGACUUUGAAGAUUUCGUAUCUACUCACGAGGCGCUUAAAACUAUUUUCCCGCAAGCCUCCAACGAAGAAAUUACAAAAUACGAGAAGCAACUUAGUAGCGUGAAAAAUCUCGACCCAGUCCUUAUUAUUUCUCCAAAUAAAGCUUGGAUCAAUCAGCAGGGUUGGCCGGCUUAUUAUACAGUCAUGGAUGCUUUUGCAACAAAUGGUCUUCAAAAUAGGCGCCGAGAUGAGAAUUCUCGUGUGUCUUUCACUUCGCAACCGUCACCGAACUCUAUACUGUACGCGACAAUAUUUAUAAUCUCUUUCUUAAUGCCUUUUAUGAUUCUCCUUCCCGCCAAGCUCAACUUCCUGAUGCACGACUACAACCGAUUGGAAUAG